AAGAAAAAAGCGAUAUAUUCUUUUUGUCGACUUUAAAUUAGAAAUAAUGGCUUUAGAAAAAUAUCAAAGAAUUAUACAGGGAAAGGUUCGAGAUGUCUAUGAAUUAGACAUGAAUCGACUUUUGUUUAUUACAAGUGAUAGAAUUAGUGCGUAUGAUGUGGUUUUGAAGAGUGAAAUACCUGAAAAAGGUAAAAUAUUGACGGCAUUGUCAUUGUUUUGGUUCAAAAAGCUUGAACACAUAUGUAAAAAUCAUUUAAUUGAUGCCAAUUUACCAAUAGAACUUGAAAAAAUACAAGAAAAUAUACAGGGGAGAUUUAUGAUUGUAAAAAAAUAUCAAGUACUUCCAAUAGAAGCAAUUGUUCGCGGUUACUUGACAGGAUCGGCAUGGAAAGAAUAUGUGCGACAGGGAACGGUUCAUGGAAUCCCUUUACGUUCAGGGUUUAAAGAAGGACAAGCAUUAGAUAUGCCAUUAUUUACGCCUAGCAAAAAAGCAAAACCAGGAGAACAUGAUGAAAAUAUCCAUCCUAGAGAAGUAUCAAACGAAAUUGGAGAAAAGUAUGCGAAAGAAAUGGAACGGCUUUCUUUAUUACUUUAUAAAGAAGCACAUGCAUAUGCCAUGGAAAAAGGAAUUAUUAUUGCGGACACAAAGUUUGAAUUUGGCGUAGACACAAAUGGUCAUCUUGUAUUGGUAGAUGAAUUGUUAACACCUGAUUCAUCCAGGUUUUGGGUUCGCAAUUCGAUUGAUGGCGAGUUAUAUAGUCUAGACAAACAACACAUACGAAACUGGCUUGAAGUAGAAAACAAGGCUGGACAAAAUGAUAUAAUACUUCCUGAAUCGCUGAUCUAUCAGACAAGACAAAGAUAUAUAGAAGCUUAUGAGAAAUUAACAGGAAAGACAUGGACUACAUAGAUAUAAAAACAUUUAGAACAGUUUAGAAUUCAAAUAAGCCGAUUUA